AUGGUAAAGCUAGGCAUUGAUACAUUUGAAGAGCCCGUCAAUCAGAGCGCAUUAAACGGCGGGUAUACACCCAAAGGACAUGUAACGGGAAUCAGCUUUAUGCAUCAAUCUGGAACGGGAGGAGGACCAAAAUAUGGGUUUCCGGCGCAGAUGCCCCUGACUGCUAUCGACGGCGAUGUUAAUCUGCUAGAUAACCGGACGUACUGGCAGGAUCGAGUUGGUGACGACAUUGCAACAGUUGGAUACUUUCGUACGAAGCUGGAAUCAGGCGUCCAAGUCGAACUCUCAGCAUCACGACACGCAGGAUUGCACCACUACACCUAUCCUUCUACAUCUGGAAAACACGUGCUUGUAGAUUUCUCGCACUACCUACCGCAUCCGACACGAUCAUGGGACUCACAGUUCUACACUGGUGGCGAGAUUGAUAUUCAGCCCGACUCUAGCACCUACACUGGCUACACUUCGAUCGCGGGCGGUUGGAACAUUGGCGCACCGGUUACCGUGUACGUGUGCGGAGAGUUUGACAGCCCACCCAAUGACGCGAAGGCUUUCAAGGGCAGGAACACUUUCCCCGUCAGUCGGCACUUCAGGACAUAUGAUAAUGGUACAACGCCAUGGCCUACAUUUACGGGCUCGACUGCGCGAUCGGGGCCAAUGAACGACCGCGUUGGUGCUGUCUUCACCUGGAACAACGUCACGGAGGUCAAAUCACGCGUCGGUAUAUCGUUUAUGUCUGUAGACAAGGCCUGCGCGUACAAGAAUUCGGAGCUUUCAUCAUGGUCCAUCGAGAAAGCCACACAAGCCGCGCGGGACGAAUGGAACCGCGACGUCUUCUCCAAGAUCCGUGUCGAUACGUCAGAAUCUGCCAAUAAGACCAGGCUAGCUCUUCUAUACUCAAGCUUGUACUUUAUGCAUCUCAUCCCUAGCGAGCGCGUAGGCGAGAACCCACUCUGGGAGUCAGAUGAGCCGUACUGGGAUGACUUUUACACUAUGUGGGAUCUCUUCCGCAAUCAGGUUUCACUGUGGCAUCUUAUCCAACCUAGCUACUACGAGUCGAUGAUCCGGUCUUUGAUUGACAUGUUCAAGCAUGAAGGAUAUAUGCCCGAUGGACGAUCGGGUAACUACAAUGGAUUGGUGCAAGGAGGCUCAAAUGCAGACAAUGUACUCGCAGAUGCCUAUGUUAAGGGAUUGACUGGUAUGAUCAAUUGGACAGAGGGAUAUGCGGCGGUCAAGAAAGACGCUGACGUGCUCCCGUUCUUUGACCAGAACCCAGUAGACCCUCAGGGCUCGCUGAAAGAGGGACGUUCAGCGCUCGACGACUGGAUACCACUUGGCUACGUUUCCGCAGACCGGAAUACACGGGCUGUGUCAAAGACCGUAGAGUACUCCCUCAAUGACUUUGCGGUGAGUCAGAUCGCGGCUGGUGAAGCACCGGGCGACCGCGAUCUAUAUCUCCGUCGCUCGGCAGGCUGGCAGUUGAGUUGGGACCCUGAAGCUUUCAGUCGAAACUUCACCGGUUUCGUUAUGCCACGAUACGCCAACGGGACAUUCCAUAAGACUUAUAAUAUCACAAAUUGCGGUGAAUGCAAUUGGGGAGACGAAAGCUAUGAAGGAACUGCUUUUGAGUACUCCUUCGUUAUACCUCACGACAUAUCCCGUGUGAUAACCCUAAUGGGCGGCCCCGCACACUUUGAAACGCGCCUCGACUACAUUUUUCAGCCGAACACCUCCGGCGUUGAUCUCGGAGUCAACGGUCUGGGCAUCACGACCAUUAACAACGUAGCCAACGAGCCGGACUUCCAGACCCCGUACUUCUACAACUAUCUCAACAAGCAGUGGAAAAGCGUUGAACGAUCCCGUCAACUUGCCACCGACUUUUACUUCAACACUACCAAUGGGAUACCAGGAAACAGCGAUGCAGGUGCGUUGAACUGUUGGUUGGUGUGGCAAAUGCUAGGUCUAUACCCUGUUGUCACGACGCCUGUCUAUCUCCUCGAAAGUCCGUGGUUUGACGACAUCAAUAUGACGGUCAACCACGAUAAGACACUCAGAAUCCGCGCCGAGGGUCUAGAUGACGGAGACGGCAGACAGGGCUACUACGUACAGAGCGUGCGCAUCAACGGCAUCGAAUGGGACCGAAAUUGGUUUAAGCACGAAGACGCGGAUGGUAUCAUGACCCGCGGUGGAGAGAUCUUAUUCAGGCUCGGACCAAAGCGUUUGCUAUGGGAGACGGGCGAUGUACCACCGAGUCCUGGACAUCAGGUUGUAGAUGUAGGACAAGGCGCGCAGCUGUAA